UCUAGUUAUUAUCCAAUAUCUUAAAGGUACGCAAAGAUACACCAAUGAUGACAACAGAUUCAAUACACACAUACGACAUGACGUAUACAUACAGACACCUAGAUUAAUAUUGAUUAGCUUCACCCAUUUAUUUGACUCCUGCUUUGAUACACGUUGCUAGUCUCUUGCUCCUGCAUCACCAUUAGCUCAUCCUUGAGCUGCGAUAGAGACAGUUAUGCCCGCGCGUGGACGACUCUCAACCAUGGAGACACCAAAUCAAAUAUCAGGAUCAUCACUCAAUGCGCCGGCUAUAGCAAUAUGCUUCCCUCACACCUAGACCUCUCUAUAGUAGUACAUUACUUCUCACAUUAUCAAACACAAAAUUUUUAGGCCUCUAGUGAAUUACGGUCAUGCGAAUGGAAACCACUGAGGAUGAGCAACGUAAAGCCGCCGCCCUGAAAAGGUUGCUGCUCAUUCUGAGCUGCGUAUUCUUAUCCAUAGGCAACUGCGGCGGCCCUUUGAUAAUGCGCCUCUACUUCAUCCACGGCGGCAAGCGCGUCUGGCUUUCUAGCAUGCUCGAAACCGGUGGCUGGCCCAUAAUCCUCGUCCCUAUAGCCAUAGCCUACUACCGCCGCCGCAAAAACCAAGCUCCAACUGAACCACCAACCAAGCUCUUCUUCAUGAAGCUCCCUCUCUUCGUUGCCUCCGCCGUCAUCGGCGUCCUCACCGGCCUCGACGACUACCUGUACGCCUACGGUGUCGCCCGCAUCCCCGUCUCCACCACAGCCCUCAUCACAGCGGCUCAUCUGGCUUUCACGGCCUUGUUUGCCUUCAUUCUUGUGAAGCAGAAGUUCACGUCGUAUUCCAUAAACGCCAUCGUGUUGCUGACGGUGGGGGCGGCGGUUCUGGGCCUGAACACGAGCUCGGACCGGCCCGAGGGGGAGUCGAAUGCGCAGUACAUGCUCGGGUUUAUGAUGACGGUGGCCGCGGCGGCGUUGUAUGGGUUUGUGUUGCCGUUGGUGGAGCUGAUGUACAAGAAAGCCAAGCAGAACAUCACGUAUGCUUUGGUUUUGGAGAUUCAGUUGGUUAUGUGUUUGUUUGCUACCAUUUUCUGCACUGUUGGGAUGCUGGUCAACAAUGAUUUCAAGGGGAUGAGAUGUUGCUGCGAUGGUGGCCGGGCAGGCUUGGCGGUGGUUGCCGGUGACAGAGGAGGUUGGGAUGCAAUCCGAUUUGGGAGGUUGAAGGCAUCCGGAGGUGAUUGCUGGCUGGGUCCGAUCUGGUUUCCUAGGUCGGUCUGGGCUGGUGGUUCUCUGCAGAUGGCUUCUAUCAUGCUAGGUUCGCAGGCCUCUCCUUCUUCUGGUGGUGGUCAAUCCUGGUCUUCUGGUGGUCUGGCAGCAAGGUACGGGUGGCGCCGGUGGAGUCCACCGUUGCUGGGUUUCUCCCUCCGGUUUGCUUUCUUCUCUCAGGCGAAGGCAGCACUACGUUUUGCUUCCAAAGGAGAUGGCAGCGUGGCAGUCCGAUCCGGCGGGAUGCCCAGUCACCUGGGUGUCCAGAGUAGUCUCAACUGGGCCUGUUCUUGGGUUUCCAAUAGGUUGGGUGCCCAGAGCUGCUCUGAUUGGGAUUGGGCUUUUGUUGAUUCCGAGGCAUCCGCUUCGAACUCUGUUUCGGGGCGAAUUUAGAUCCGUAUUUGGGACCCGGGUGGCACACAAAUCCGGAUCUUGGAUCCAAGACAACUACUCAUAUUGAUUUGGUAUUGGUUCUAGUUCUUAGGAGUUCGAUUGCUAAUUUUCGAGUUUCUGACACCCUCGGUUACUUUCGAACUCCUAGGUGAUCAUAUCACCGGUCUCGGUUACGGUUACGGUUACGGUUACGGUUACUGUUACAUUUACACUGCUCUCGUGACAUAUGCAGUGCAGCGAUGUCGUUCAGCAUCAAGUCACAUCCUGGUUACCUUUCAUUCUAGAUGCGUCUGUGCAUGUUGUUAUCCUUUAUUGUUUUUCUUCAUUUUAGAUGCAUUUGUGCAUCUUGUUAUGCUUUUUUAUUUUCUUUCGAUGCUUUUGCAUCGCUCCAUGUACUCCGUAGUUUGCAUUUAAUAUAGUCUGUCGUCUUUCCUCUCAAAAAAAAAAAAAAACUUGGAUGGAAAAAAUACUUUUAUGAAACUUAUAAUGCGUGUAGAUAAGAUAACAAUACUUUAUUGCUCGUAUUUGGUUGUUUUCGUUUCUGAAUAUGGCUUCUU